AUGGUGGAAGCACAGUCAGCCGGAACCAUCCAUUCACGUUCCUGUCUUGUUCCAGGCUGCCUCCAGGAGGGGGACAGAUGGACCAUCACCUUUGACAUGUCCUCGGUCACUGCCGGUGACCCGGUGCAGUCGGCGGAGCUCCGUGUCCGGCUGCCGGCGUUCUCGGCCUCGCCCCGCGUCACCGUGGACGUCUAUCACUCCCCCAGGCAGAGCUGCUCCGCGGGCCCCCUCUCCAGACCCUGUCCCCGGGGGGAGGGGCUCCACCUGGGCAGCUUCGUCGCCUCUCCCAACAGCACACUGCAGUCCUCCUGGAGGGUGUUCGACGUGACCUCCCUGCUGACGCUCUGGCUUCGUCAGGGCGACCGGCCCGGAGGGGCCUCAGCCGGGGUCCUGCCCCCCGGGGCUGAGGACGGGAGUGGGGCCCAGGAGGAGGAGGCAGAAGCCAGCGGAACACGAGGAGGGAGACGUGGGCAGAAGCGUCACCCGGCCGCGGGCCGCGUCAUGAUGGUCGUCUACUCCACCCACCAGCCGCCCCCCGAGGGCAGCGGCGUCCGCAGCCUAAUCCGGGCCGUGGACCGCUCCAAGUACGUGGGCGUGGCCCGGGGGCAGGCCCGGCGCCACAAGAGGAACCGCAUGGACAGGAUCCGCCUGGCGGACCACGAGGCGGCAGCGACAGCGGCCCCCCAAGAGGCCGGCGGGGGGGCGCUGUGCCGAAGGGUGGACAUGAUGGUGGACUUCGAGCAGAUCGGCUGGGACGAGUGGAUCGUUCACCCCAAGCGCUACAACGCCUACCGCUGUGAGGGGUUGUGCCCCACGCCCCUGGACGAAUCCCUGCAGCCCACCAACCACGCCUACAUGCAGAGUCUCCUGCGGCUCCACCAGCCUGAGCGCGUGUCCUGCCCGUCCUGCGUGGCCACGCGCCUCGCCCCGCUCUCCAUGCUGUACUACGAGGACGACGACGUGGUUCUUCGGCACCACGAGGACAUGAUGGUGGAGGAGUGUGGCUGUCACUGAGACCCCCAACGCCACGAGGACAUGAUGGAGGAGGGGUGCGGCUGUCACUGAGACCCCCAACGCCACGAGGACAUGAUGGUGAAGGGGUGCGGCUGUCACUGAGACCUCAAGAGAUCCUCAGGGGCGACAGGCGGAUGAGCAGCAGAUUAAACUCAUGUAAUGCAACGACCAUGAUCAUCUUUGUAAAUAAAAAGGAUAUAUAUAAAUAUAUAAAUAUA